AUGAGCGCCUAUUUGGAGUUCGCCCCGGGCGGGGACGUACUGGCCUCCCCGCCUAACGGGUGCUUGGGCCCGGACCCCCGGCCUCCGCCUCCUCCUUUCUCCCCAGUUGGCCUCCAGGUCACCUACCAACCGGGCACCGCACCUGCCGCCCACUACGGCUUCGCCUUCCCCCGCGGGCCCGGCUACCCGGAGGACGCCACCGACGGAGCCGUCCACUACGCCGCCUCGGCCGUCUUCCCCGGGGCGGACUACGGGGGCUUCGCCCCUCCGGGCCCCUUCCAGACCGGCUCCCCCUCCCCCGGCUCCUGCCCCGAGUCCACCUCGCCCCCCUCGGGGCUCCCCGCGGCCCUCGGCACGUUCGACUGGAUGAAGGUGAAAAGAAACGCGCCCAGGAAAAGCAAACUCUCAGAGUUUGGAGCUCACAGCCCCGCCAGCACGAUUCGCACCAAUUUCAGCACCAAGCAACUGACGGAACUGGAAAAGGAGUUUCAUUUUAAUAAAUACUUAACUCGGGCCCGGCGCAUAGAAAUCGCCAACUCCCUGCAGCUGAACGACACUCAAGUCAAAAUCUGGUUCCAGAACCGAAGGAUGAAACAGAAGAAAAGGGAGAGGGAAGGGCUGUUGGCCAGCUCCCCUUCCGCAGCCUCCUUCCCAACCCCUCUCUCAGGAACGAACCCUACCAAGUGUGCUCAAAAGGCUGAAUCCUCCUCCCCGACCCAAGACUCUUCCUGAUUCACACCCCAGCCCAGUACGGUUAAGUCUCAGAGGGCUGUUUGGACGCUCAAAGCUCCAGCCCCGAACCCACCUACCCCUCCAAGCCACCAGAUUUAAUCCACGCCAGGGAG